UUUGCUGAAAAUAGCAACAGUAAAGCUCAAUAUCAUUUAGGUGAUAUUUAUUUGUUUGAUAAAUUUAACAUUCCCGUAGAUAGAGAAAAAGGCAAAGAAUUAUUAAUAUUGGCAGCUAAGAAUAAAAACAUUAAUCUU